UAUUCUUUAAACAGCAUGUGAACGCAUCAGUCAGAAAUCAUGGCGCCGACCAGAAAACGCAACGUGAGUUCAGUAAAAACAACAGAACCAAGUGCAAAAACUGGAAAAAUUGACCUUAAUAGCAAAGUCGAGAGAAUACUUGAGAGCAGAAAACAUGCCAACGACGUUUUUGACGUCCUCGAGGUUCUUCAGUCUGAAAAAGAAAAGACUAUCAUCAGUGCUGUCAAUGCGUGCAGCAAACUAUUCAGCGCCCUGUUGGAGAAGAAAGAGCUGUUCAAGGGAAAACUGCCCGCAGAGGACGAUGCUCUGAGUGGGAGUUACAGUGCUGAAGAGAAGUACCGCAUAUUCAUGAGACACCGGUACAACAGCUGUGUGGAGAUGCUGCUUGAACACCUCAGCCAUGAGCAACAUGGAGUUAAGGAGAGCGCUAUGUCCUGCUUGAUGAAAUUUGCUGCAGCAGAGGGACAGCAUCCCCUCGAGGACCUGGACUGGACUGAACACUACAGCUUUCCAAGAGAGCUCAUCUUGGCUGUGGUGGACAGACUGCUGUCCAAAACUACAGACAACUCCCUGCUGAUCUCCAGAUUCCAGGAGUUCCUUGAGAUGGAGGACGUACGCUACUACGUCAUGAGCUCCAUCCGUGAGAAUGUGGGUCAAGUUCUGGACAAAAGCAAAGGGGCUGUGAUGCCUGUAUAUCAGAGCAAUGUGCUCACCCUCAUGUCCAACAUCAGUGUGCCGAGCCAGGAAUCAGAGCUUAACAACUUUAUGGUCAAACAGGAAGCUAAGCACGAGGACUGGAAAGCCGCAAAACUGCUUGAACACAAGCGUGCCUUUGAGAAGAUGUGGCUUGGCUUUCUCAAGUACAAGCUGCCAAACAACAUGUACAAAAAGAUCCUGGUCAUCCUCCAUGACUCCAUUUUGCCACACAUGAGUAAACCCACGCUGAUGAUUGACUUCUUGACUGCUGCCUAUGAAGUCGGUGGGGCUAUCAGUUUGCUGGCCCUCAAUGGACUGUUUGUCCUCAUACAUCAACACAACCUAGAUUACCCUGACUUCUACAAGAAGUUGUAUAAUCUGCUUGAGCCGUCUGUUUUCCAUGUGAAGUACAGAGCUCGCUUUUUCCACCUAGCUAACCUCUUCCUCAGCUCCAGUCACUUGCCAGUGUACCUCGUUGCUGCCUUCGCCAAACGGCUGGCUCGUCUGGCUCUCACAGCCCCGCCCACAGCCCUCCUCAUAGUGCUGCCCUUCAUCUACAACCUGAUCCGUCGCCACCCGUCCUGCAGAGUCCUCAUUCACAGGCCCACUACAGGAGAUGAGCUUUUGGAGGACCCAUAUCUUAUGGAUGAAGGGGAUCCUGCUCAUUGCUGUGCCUUAGAGAGCAGCUUGUGGGAGAUUAAGACUCUGCAGAAGCAUUAUCAUCCAGAUGUGGCCAAAGCUGCUAUGUCAAUCAACUCGCCCCUUUCAGAACAAGAGGAGGACAUCAACGAGGUUUUGGAGAUAACAACAUAUGAGGUGAUGGAGAGAGACCUGAAGCAGUCUCAAAAGAAGAGUGUCCCACUGGAGUUUGAAACUGCCACACAGUUACUACAAGGAGGAGGGGAUGUGCUGGGGCAGCACUUCUGCCUGGAUUAAAACCAUUAAAAAAAAACAAGGAACUGGAUUCACAUGUGGGUAAUAUUUCUGGGACCAGCAGUAACAGCAGAGGAAAGUUCAGAGGAAAUGCAUUUGAUCUUGAGUUGUGUUGUUAUAUUUAUACGUCUCUGAUGUGUCACUUUAGCACAUCAAUAAAAAAUACUUUUUGAAGCUCA